CUCCGUGUGUGCAAAGUCAGUACGCCCAGUGGUCAUAUAUUCAUCCACACAUGUGGUCAUUCACUCGUCCAUUCAGUCCUUGACAGGUAUGGCGUCCUGCAUGUAUUUGGACACUCGGUGUCUUCUGGCCUUGACGUGGAUGAACAGAUGCACACGAUGGCCCCACAGCUGCUGCAGACGAUGGCUGACCGACGCACACACAUACACAGAGAUGGAUGGAUGGGUAAGUUGCGGUUGCUCACAUGACGUGUUUUCUCAUUUGGAAGAUGAUUCUGUUGCGGAUGCCGCAUAUCAUCAUGGCCACCACGUUGUCUUCAGCCUGCACACACACAUGAACACAGAGUGAGGGAUAGGCGUGGAUGUGAUGCGGUGUGUGUGUGGUCACUCACCAGCAGCUCUUGCUCGAUUAUGAGGCUGCCGUCGAGACGAGGGGUCCACCCUUGAAGACAGACGUACACGCGUGCUGCAGGUGCAUUCAUCUGUGCAUGACGUGUGGCUCACUUACCGACGGUCUUCUGUUCGAUCCGAUAAGGCACCUGCUUGUUGAACCAACAAUACAGAUACGUCCUGACACACACACACACACACACACACCAUUUGUGUGAUGGAUGUGUGUCAAUCGUCCCUCCCUCUCUCACGCAAUCAUCUCUUCCACAAGCUGCACUUUCGACUGGGUCGUCACCUGCACCACACAGAGAGAGGGACACGCAAUCAGUCGUUUCCUCUCUCUCUGCCACGUGUGUGAGGUGUGCCCCUGACCAUGUCUGGUGGGCACAUCCAUGUGCGUGGCCGUGCUCUCGACAUGAGGUAGGCCUUCAGGUCAUCCACACCGUCACCCCUCUUGGCUGAAUGUCGCCACAACACACACACAGGGAGAUAGGGGUGGGUGGGCAGCUGUCGAGUGUGUUUGCGCUGGGCGGCCGACCUGACACGUAGAAGAUCUUCUCGAAUGAUGCGUAGGACCUGACACACACGCAGACACGACCGUCACAGAGACAGACACAUUUGCGUGUGCAUGCGUGUGUACGCGUGUGUACGUGAAUUCGUUUGCCCGCCACUCCACAUAUCUGUCCUGUGACGCCUUGUCAACCUGAUACACACACAGAGAGACAAAGGCAUACCAGAAAGAGAGACAAACAUUUCUUGUGUGUCAGCACGCCUACCUUAUUGAGCACAAGAAUGACGGGGAUCAGCCGCUCCCUCUCACUCCUGUAGUCCACCUCUGAUGUGGGCGCCGCGCCAUCGCCACCCACUAGAGACAACGAAAACUGACACACACACUCAGAGACACAUUGAGUGGGAAAUGAAUCACACACACGCACACACACACUGACGGACCUGGUCUCUCUGCCGCUGUGACUGUAUGGCGGCCUGUGUUUCCAGCACAGAGGAGGGGAAGGAGGGAUGGUCGGCCGGCGAUGACGACGGCUGCCGCUCCACCGCCCAUGGCAGCAGCUCCACACCUGCAAUACACACACACACACACACACGUAUACACUCCCUCUCUCUGUGUGUGUGUGUGUGUGUGUGUGUUGAUGUAGCAACACACGUGCACAAAUCCAUGCUCACCUCUCUGUGUGAAUCCUGGCACUGAGUAUGUGUUUGCGUCGAAUUCGCCCCCAUCCUCGUGUGUGUUGGCGUAGUGCGUGAGCGACACCUCCCCCUCUCCCGUCGUGUCGGCCGUCAACGUCAUGUACUUGCGGGGGGGAGAGGGAGAGGGAGAGGGAGAGGCAGAGGGAUCAUCACUCAUGGCCUCCUGCGAUCAGACACACAUGACGGCAUCUGUCUCUCUGUGUGUGCUUCUGAGGGUUACGUGUUGCUGCUGGUUGUGGUGUUGAUUGUUGUUGUAUGUGUGUCUGAACUGCUGCUGGUACAGCCUCCUCUGCUGAAUUCGCUCCCUCUCCGCUCUGUCCUCCUCCAUCGCCCAAUCUAUCACACACACACACACACAGAGAGAGAGAGAGAGAGAGUGUUAUUGGGACACACGUAUGGAUACAAACGCUUCAAUGUGCGCCCACAUAUAAGAAACGAUCCCCGCCCACCGGUAUAUUCCUCGAGUAUGGAUCUCCGCGGCGCCAGUCGCCUGACGAGGUCAAAGAGGUCCUGCGUCGGCCGCUUCACCGCAUCAACCACAAACAACGCCAAGUCAGCCGCCUCCUGAACAGCCCACAACACAUCACACACAGCACCGUGCACAGACAGAUAUCUCCCGCUCUCCCUCCCUCUCUCUCUCUCCUUACGUAUCCCCUCCAUGCCGUGUUUGCCAGCUCUCGUGCAAAUUUCCUCUGGUGAGAGGGCAAAAUGCCCGGAGCGUCGAUGAACACCAGCUGGGUGGAGGACGCCUCGUCAGUCACUAUGCCGCGGAUCUCACGACUGUAAGCAAAGCAGUGCAGACACACACAAGUGCAUCCAGGAUACCUGCACGCACCUCUCUCUCUCUGUCUGUGUGUGUGUGUGUCUGUGCAUGGCGGACCGAGUCGUGUUGACUUUGGGCGAGACCGCCGCGAUGCGAUGUGGCAGGAAUGCGUUCAGCAGAGAUGUCUUGCCUGCAACCACCGAACCACACACGCGUAGAUGGAUGGUACACACACAGAGAUGGCUUCUUCAGGGACCUGCAUUUGGCAGUCCAAUGAGCGCCACUGUCAGCCCCUUAGGGUUCUCCGGCUGGCUGAUUGUGUCCCACGUGUUGAACAUGGCCUCGGUCGGCACCUGACCACGCAAUAUCAUCGGACCUGCCACACACACACACACACGCAGAGAGAGAGAGAGAGAGAGAUGCACACGAAUGCCACACAUCUAUGUGUGGCAUCCAUCCAUGUGUACCUUUGUAAGUGGACCGUUGCGCAUCUGCAGCAAACCCGCCUCCCUUCGCUGUUGCUGCUGUCGGCUUGUCCAUUCCAUCACCGCCCUCCUGUUGUCGAGCUUCCUCAGUCCCCCUUCUCCCAGCAUUAGGCAUCGGCCGCACCAGCUUGUAUCUGUCCAUGAUAGAGAAGGCUCUCCUCUGUGCUGCUGAAUGUGUGUGUGAGAUGACGGGCGGCCGGCUGAAUGAGGGCGGAGGGGUGGGGAUGGGCAGCAGGGCGGAUGGGCGAAUGGCUGCCUUGAAGGUCAUGCUGUUGUGAGCUUGGAUGAGUGGCUGAUGAUAGAUCUGCCUUCCAUAGGCCCUCGCUGCUCACGCGCGGUGCCUAGAAGCCUCUCAGAGCUCGGAAAUACCGAUGACAAAAAGGCAUCGGGCAUCUGCGCGCUCAAAGAAACUGAGGCUGACGUGAUUGGCUAUGUCCAUCCCUUAAUGUCACAUGUCACGUCCGACUUCUCACAAACACACAGCCUCAGCAACUGUCGGCUACUCACUCAUUGCAAACUAACACCCAUAUUCAUUGGCAAUGACUGACUGACAGUCAGCCGAGCCGACAGACAACACAAACGAGACUGACUCACCAUCUCACCAUCCACGGGCCGACCGUCUGGCAGCCAUGACCCGCAUCCCAAAAACAGCCGCAAGACAGAGAGAUUGCAGAGGCUUCUCCCUUUCUCUGCAUCUGUCUGUUUGUCUGCAGCCAUUCGAAAAUGCAGUCAGCCAGCCAGCCAGGAGAGACAGCAGGAAGCACAAAAAAAAAACAGCAGUGGCAGCCUCCUUCCCUCCCGACCUGACGCAAUCAACCACAUGCAGAUCCACGGAUUGAUAUCACACACAGUCAGACAGCCACGAGAGACCCACUCACUAUCACAGUGCACCAGCAGGAAAUACCCCGACACACCCCGAUACUGCAGCCACUGAUGCAGUUUGCCAUAGUGCCAUCCAACACGCAGGUCGAUGUCGGGUAUCUCCUCUUCGGCCUGCCAUUGAAUGGGGGUGAUGGGAUACCAAGGGCUGCCGUCGGCAUUCUUCUCUCCACGCCAGGUGCCGUCAGGGAAUAGCGUACCGCUGUGGGCCAGGCCCUCUCGCCAUUCGCCAUCGAACCACAACACGGUACCCUCAUAGUCAUAGUAUGCUUUCCCCUGGCCGUGUCGCUUGCCGUGCCGCCAGUCACCCUCAUAGGUAGCCCUUCCUCCAUCGUCGAGUGCCUUUCCACAACCGUGCCGCUUGCAAUGCUCCCACUCGCCCCUGUAAAUCACCCGGCAGUGUGAGUCGAACUCCUCGCCGUGGCCACGGCCGUUAGUCCAUUGACCCUUAUAGACGACGUUGUCAUGGUUGUCUCGCAGCGCCCCCUCGCCGUGUGGUCUGCCAUCGAGUGUAGCACCAUGAUAGAAAUGGCCCUCCCAUAGCAUGCCGAUCGCCACGCCAGCUUCCUUCUUCUCCCCUCUGACCCACACACCCCUGUAGGUCACCUUGCCGUUGACGAACUCCUCACCGUGGCCGUGUCGCUUGCCAUCCACGAAAUCGCCCUCAUAGACGGCUGUGCCUUGACUGAAUUCAGUGCCCUUGCCGUGGUGCUUGCCGCUUUUCCACUCGCCCUCAUAGCGCUUCCUCUCGCCGUCCAGCGACCGCAGCACUCCUGUUCCUUGAGGCACUCCGUUGACCACCGUGCCAUAAUAGAGACCGCCGUAAUGGACGAUCGUGCGCGGAACGAUGUGGUCAUUCUGCGCCUGGCGCGCCCGCGUCUCCCUCAGCUCGUCCUCCGCUCUGUGUGCCCGCUCCAGUGCCUGAUCUCUUUGCGCUUGAAGCUCCUCAAUCCGCCUGUCGUACUGCUGCCGCUCUCUGUCCAUUGACCGCCGAAGAUCUGCAUGAACGAACAGACAGGCACACGCAGACACAAUGAACAGACACACGGAUGUCCCUCUGUUAUUGUGUGCGAACCAUUCAUGAUGUUCUCCAGCAUCUCGGCCGAGAUGGUGUGGCUUGACGCGGCGUCAGACAUCUGCUUGACAGGGCAAAGUAAAGAAGGCGGCUCGUUCAGCAGAGAUCGAUGUUUGCAGUCAAUAGAGGCUCACGUGGCCACGAAAAGACAGGCCAACAGCGGCGUUCGGG